AUGCACGUGUCUCUAAUUCUUUGUCUCACUGGUGUGGCCUGUGCCAAUGGCUUCUCCUUCAGCAGUGGCUCCGACAACUUCACCGUUGCUCUCGUUCGAGCGCCUCCGGCAAUUUAUCCCUAUCCUCAGCCGAGUCUGGACUGGAAAGGGUUGAAACAUGAUAUAAAUGCCAGCGUCGAACUUGGAGUUCAAUAUAUCGAGCAGGCUGCGUCACAAGGCGCAGACCUCGUAGCUUUUCCUGAGCUCUGGUUCCCAGGACUACAUCUAUAUGGCACAAGCCUCAUCGACUCAGGCGGACAGGUCAUCCAGAUCCGCAGGAAGCUUCGCCCAUCCGGGGGCGAACGUACAAUCUUUAGCAACGGAACCGUCGACGAACUCAAGGUCUUUCAGACCCAAUUUGGUCGACUUGGCCUCCUGGAAUAUUGGGAGCAUAUGCAUCCGCCCAUGACUUUUGCCAUGCAAUCCCAAAAUGAGAACCUGCACAUAGCCGCCUUCCCCUUCACUCCGGAUCUCGGCGUGGACACCUCCCUCGAAAGCACCGAGAACAGCAUGGCCGGAGCUCGAUACUACGCCAUCACCGGCCAGACUUGGACCUUCGUGCCCUCUGUCGGCACCGCUGCUGUGUUCUCACCAAACGGAACGAUCGUCACGCAGAUUCAAGCCACUGAAGAGUACCCUGCCCGGCCCAUCAUUUAUCACUCGGUCAACACGACCAGCUUCAGCGACACGCCUGCGUACAAUGUCAACGGGGAGUUCUCCUGGCCGCAAAUGCAGCAGAUCAGCGAGACCUAUCCGGACUACAUACCUCAUGUUGUGGGCAACUUCACCCUCAGGAGGCUCAACUCUGUCGAGCAGAUGAAGAAGACGGGUCCAAUCCCGCUGAACUAUUGA